AUGAUAAAUGGUCACCGAUUGAGAACAACAAUACAAAAGGGGAAAGAGGGAGAGGAACAGGCCACCACUUUUAAUGCAGAAUUUGGUAGGGCUAGGUUAUUCACUCCCUUUUUAAGGAUUUUGUCGGUUCCAACACUAGGGCCUUACUCCAGAGCAUCAGAACAUUACGUGGAGAAUGCAGUGCUGUUGCUCCCACAGAGAGAGAAGAUAGAGCAGAGGACAGAAGAUUGGGUAUAUGCACGUGCGAUGCGUGCGAUUGAGCCGUUUGUUUUCCAGCCGGUUCGGUUUAGUGACCAGGUAGAUUGUCUAGUCAACCGGUGA